AUGGCCCUGCACAAUCCACUCCCGCCCAGGGAUCCCGCGCUCGACAGCAAAAAUGCAGCAAAUAUUCUCCACGACGGUCCAGAGGCAAAUACUACAUUCCGUUCAUCCCUCAGGAUAGACAUGAAACAGCUCGUCUCCGUCGGCAAAAUGAGCAUCAGUCCGUCGAGCAGGGAGAUUGCAUUGGCCUCGCGUGCGGGACUCUACAUCAUCGACCUCGACAAUCCUCUCAACGUCCCCGCCUUUCUUCCUCAGGGUGGCAUGUGGGAAAUUGCAGACGUCCAAUGGAAUCCACACCCGAGUUGGUCGCAGUAUAUUCUCUCCACUCUCGUCUGGAACCUCGAGUCGACCUCUAAGACACACAUUGAGCGCACGCUCCAGUCUCACUUUCGAGCUAUCACAGACAUUAACUGGCACUACUCGAUACCCUCUCGAGUCGCGACAUGUGCCAUAGAUUCUUGGGUCUGGCUAUGGGAUCUGCGAACUGCCGCACCUACCACCAAGAUGAAGCCAACAAUGGGUCUCUCUGCCUUUAAUGAAUCCGCAACUCAGGUCAAGUGGAACCACAAGGACCCGCAUGUCCUUGCAACCUCUCAUGACAAGGAUGUCUUAAUCUGGGACGACCGGAAAGGCUCCAUGCCCGUAAACAUUAUUCGUGCACACGAUUCGACCAUCUAUGGUAUAAACUGGUCUCGUAUCGAGCGCAACGAAAUCACCACGUGCUCACUCGACAAGUCUAUCAAGACGUGGGACGCGUUUGCGGACCCAUCCAACGAGCCCAUACGCACCAUCCGAACAGACUACCCAGUCUGGCGCGCACGGAAUUUGCCGUUUGGAAGGGGUAUCCUUGCGCAGCCGCAUAGAGGCCGAUUGAUGCUGGACAUGUACAGUGCAGACCAACUCGAUGCGCCCGUGCACCAGUUUGGGGGGUUCACGGACGUGGUCACAGAGUCUGUGUGGCGAAUACGCGGAGGAUACAAUGCGAAUUACGGCAAAGAAUUCCAGCUCAUUACUUGGGACAGAAGUGCCGUGCUUCGAUUCUUCCCCGUCGAUACGAGUAUCCUUCAGCGACCACGCCAUUACCGCACCAACGCACCAAAGCGGCGUACUGAAAAGCGUGCGCGCACCGCUCUCAAAGACGAAAUCGCGCAUCUACCAUCAACUCCACCGGGAACGGCAGAUACGCUCACAAUCGGAUCGACGUCGCCUGUGAACCAUUUCAUCAAGCCGCCGAAUUAUAGCGGUGGAUUUAGCGCGAGUGUGAGCACCGUUGGAUCUGCGAAUACAAAGGUCGCCGAGACUCCCGUCCAGACGACUCCUGGUGGUGGUGUAGCUGCUUUGGCACCAAUCGUGACAGGUGCUUCUGGUAAGGGCGCUAGUGCAGGAGGGCCGAUGACAAUGGGAAAGGGACACGGAAGAGCCGCUCGUCCACAGGUCGAUCCUCUUACGUGGUAUUCAGUCGUGGAAGAGGAAGAUAGGAAACGAAGUACGAGCGUUGGCUCUGCUGGUGCGCGGAGACGUUCUGCGAGUCAACGACGCACAGAUUCCGGGUCGGCUAGUACGCGUCGGAAUGAAACGAGGGCGCGUAGUGUGGGUCACAUACAGGAUAGCGAAUUGGAGACGCAGGACGAGCCUCAGACGCUCAAAGACGAGAUCACGCAAGCUGCAUCAAAAUUUAGUUCUUCAAAGCUCAAAAUUGUCGAGAUCAACCUGACCGCUGGUUCACGAAAAUGCAACAUUGAGAUGCACCGGCCGACGGGGUUAUUCCUGCGGGUUCUCUUUAGCUUUCCGGAUGCAUACCCAGGCAGCGUGCGACCGACCAUUGACAUUGAUCCCAACCGCAAGAUUACUCCACGCAAACGCGCCGUCGUCCUCCGUGAACUACGCAAAAUCUGUGCACAGAACACUCUCUGCAUCGAACCAUGUAUCCGCUUCUUGUUGGGUUUGCCCUCGCAUAGCGGUGGUGUUGGUGGUAUCGGUGUACAAAAGCCGUUUUCAUUGGAAUCAGACUCGGAGGAGGAAGAUGUGCAAGUGGAUGAGGUUCCGGAUAUGGAAACCGGUGGUGCGCCCAAGAUUCAGCAGAAUCAACCGCCGAGAGAACGGACGGCGCACGCAGUAUUUUCGAUGAAUGGCAUGCUGGUUCGCAUCGUCACAAACGACUCUGCGCGUCCCAAACCCGGCGCGUCGCCUACGACGAAUCUAUCUGCCCCUGAAAAGACGAGCCAUCUUGGGGAUCUCCCACGAGCUUUACGAGGUCUUGCCAAGUUGGCCAAACAGCUGCCAGUGGUUGCGGACAACGACCCUAACGCAGCAGAGUCGACCUAUGAUUUUGCCGAUGUAUUUUCUACGCAACCAGGGGUCCGGCAUACGAGCACAAAUAUCCUUGGUCCCAUGUGGAAUAAUCAAGGGCAGCCAUUCAAAGCGCGCUCGAAAGAUAGAGUCACGGUGCUCAUCCAACCGUUCCCGAAUCCAGACCCAGAUGAAUUCGACCCUGUUCUUGCCGGCAAAUUUUCGUACACGACAAAAGAUCCUCCGAGUUUUGCAUCACCAACGCUUUGGCGGCUGCAUCAUAUGGGAGAGAUGACUACCGGCACUCUUUCUGGGGGUGCAGCGAGAGAAGACGGCCCUGUGGAGCGAGGGAUCCAGAAAAUAUAUCACAAUCUCGUUCAGCGGCGGAAUUUACAGAUGCUAGCAAUGUUCUCGAUUGCGAAUCUGUUGGCCGAACAAGUCAUGGAGACUGAAAGUCAGAAAGAAGCGGCGAUGACAAACUCGACUCCAGCUCACAGUGAAAGCCACACGUAUGCACUCAGCUCGACGCUCGAUUAUUUCAGCCUCCGACCACGAAGCGAAGCUCCGCGCCCCCCAUCACCUGCGACUACACGAAGUCCCUCCCCGGAGACCACGGCGGCCCCUGCGGUGACCCCGCCGCCAAACAACUCCCUUGGUACCAUCGCGUCGAAAGCCGGUGCCAUAUCCAGCGUCCUUUUGCCACUCUUCUUCACGGGCACAUCCGAAGGCAGUGAUUAUUCCCACAAGAGCCGUGGCUCUGACCCACCCACGCCGGUUUCAUCAGAUGUACCCGGCUCAAUCCCUGAAGAGGAGAGGAAGAGUGAUGCGUCGCUUCCUGUAAAUCUUGGCUCAGGAUCUGGUGGGGCGUCGGGUGGGAGUGGAGGAACGGGAUCGUUGGGGCGGUUGGCUGUUGGAGCCAAGCCCAAGCGAGCAGCAUCGACGUUUGUCCCUACUCCUGGUACAGUACAAAAGACAACAAUCACGUUUGCGCUGGUGGGGACUCCGAAGAGACAUGUCACGUCUGCAAUACCGCAGGAUAGAUGGCGGCGAGAGGGCAAGAUACCUGUCCCGAUUGCGCGACCCUAUCUUCUUCCUCCACAACCUGGGCAACGGAAAGGACUUUCCGACGCCGCGCGCACUCGGUAUAUUUUCCACAUUCGGUUCUAUGCGGAGCUCCUCUUUCGUGCCGGGUUACUCGAAGCAAGAAAUGAGGUUCUAAUAAUCACGAAUCGAGCCCCCCUCGAGAUCCUUGCGGCCGACAGACUGUGUGCCCGCGAUGUUCGACCACGCUAUCGGGCAAAGAAGAUGAGCAGGCCGGGGGUGCCGAUUGUCCGAGGUGCCGUGGCGGACAAGCAACCAAGAAGCUCAUUCCAAACUGCACAUUCUGUCGCCUUCCAGUCCGAGGCUUAUCUCGGACUUGCCUGCGCUGCUGCCACGUAA